CUCACUGCUACUAUACCGGCCAAGAUCCUCCUCAUCGCCUCUGCCCCUCGGUCCCCUCGUUCUCAUCGAUGGACUCGCCUUCGUCCCCUGCGCCGUCUACGACCGGGUCCACCACAGCGUCGCCCUCUGCCGCUGAUGCCGCGGCACGGCGAGAGGCGCGGAAGGCUCGCAUCCUAGGGAAGGGUACCGAUCGUCUAGCCAAGCUCACAAAGCAAGCCAGGGGAGACCAGGCAGAGGAGCUCUACCCUUCAACGCCGCCUCGUACCGUUCCGACCGGUACCGCAGGCACAUCUAGCGCUUCUACACCAGCCGCUGGGACCCCGGGCGCAGUCAGGAGUGAUGACGAUGAUCCUGAAGAAAUAGACAUCUCUAACCAGGCGAGAAUGGACGAAGAGCUCGCCCGCGGAAUGGAGCUCUUCCGAGCUCGUCAGCAACAGGAGCAGAUGCAACAACAACAGCAAGGAAGACAGCAAGACCCAAUGCAGAUGAUGAUGAACGCCAUGAUGGGCGGUAUGGGCGGGCCAGAUGGGGCAGGCGCAGGCGCAUCAGGCAUGCCCGACCUCUCACAACUCUUCGCCGCUAUCAAUGGUACGGGCUCCAACAUGCCCCCUCAGCUCGACGCAGAUGGCAGACCUCUUCCAUCCGCUCAAGGAUUCCCGCCGGGUCCCUUCGGCCAGCAGAUGCCGGCGGGUGAGAUGGGAGGACUCCCGACGAAACCUCCCUCAUUUGCGUCGCUCCUCCUGAGCCGGCUGCUAUCGUUGCUACACCCGCUUGUCCUCCUCUUCCUCGCAUACUUUACUCUCUCAUCUGCCUUUGGGUCUUCGCAAGCCGAUGAGAGUCUAAUAGCUCAAGGCCUCCCUGCAGAGAAUCUUGCACCUGGUGUGCUGAGCGAUGGGCACGGUUCGGGUGUAAUGGGUCAGAUGAGGCUCUUCAAGUGGGCCAGCUUGGGCUACUUCAGGCCGAGCGUUACAGAUGCCCCCUGGUACGAAGUGGACGGCAGCUGGCUAGGUAGACAGGGCAGCCUUCCCAUCUUCUACUCCGUUCUCUUCCUCUCCCUCACAACUCACCUCUCUCACCUCCUCCUGGCCCCACCCAAACCCGUCGCUCCCUCCCUCAUCUUCUCCAUUGCCUCCUCCCUGCCCAUACCGGCACUAAGGCUAGCGCUGCGCCUCUUCAGCCAGUACGCGGGCGUGGUGGCCAAGAUCGUCGAUGAUGUCGCAUUGCUGAUCUUUGCGCUGGGUGUGGGAGUGCUGUACAGUGUAUGGGCUGCGGGAGGGAGUGCGGCCCCAGUAGAGACAUCUGGCGGGGGAUAAAGUUCAGACGCUUGGUAAAGGAGCACUUCUAGACUUUCCUUGUCACAGUUGUCCAAUGCAACGUACAUCCGAACGUCAGCAGACAUACACUUCACACGCGAGACCCCUUGCGAGUACGAGCAUUCCGGAUUGAGCAGGAAGUGUCUUGCAUUGCGUGCAUACGAAAUGAGAGCCACACAUAGCAAGGGGAGACGGGGGGAAAAGCAAAGAGGGUGCGCUGCUUACAAGGCCC